AUGCCUCUGACUAUGCCACCCCUCGGACCCCUCCAACCCCCCGGCGACACUCCGCGCGUGCCCGUCCGGCAAAUCAUGGCUGAAUUCGUCCCCAGCGCCCUCGACUUCGGAUCUAUCGAUGAAGAGGUAUCCCGCGAUUCCACGGUGUCUUCCGUCGACGUACUCGCCGAGACUGAAGGGGACGGUGUACGAAUCAUCAAGGACACGGGGAUGAAUGAUCGCUUCCUCGCGGCUCUUGAUAAUCAAUUGCCCGCUCACAUCCUUGCUUCAAAGCGACUGUUGACCAUCAUCUUCCGGAAACAGGCUUUGGACGAGCGUUACGGUGAAGCGGGAAAUCAGCAUAUCUACAGUGAGCGCGAUCUCCCUGUCAUGAUGGAGGAGACGUUUUGGAGAUAUGUAAACCUUGUCAUGGAGAGCAAAGCCCUGGACAAGAACCUCCGCGGCGAGUGGCGGUCAUGUGGAUCAAGGAAUGGUGGGGUGCGUGGCUGGAUUUGUGUCCGAAAGGUAGAUGGAAAGGUCCAAGCACUCUCUGAGACCAUAAUGCCCAGCAUGCUCAGGGAAACCUCCGAUCACGCCGGAAGAGUGCAGCGACUUUUGGAAGAGGCGUCAAAGCCAGGAGGGAUGCGGGUUAUCGUGACGGGCGAGAAGUCGGUGGGGGUUGUUGAGGAAGAUGGAGCAGAGGUCCCGGGUAUGGAGUACUGGGCGAAUUGUAUAGCGCAGUUCUGGGAGAAGUACAGACUAUUCGACACGGCGAACAUCAUGCUUUUGAGCUCGUCUGAAAUCUAUCUGCCACUUGAACGGGACCGCUCAGCUCCAAACAUUUUGCGCGUUGGUUUGCCGAUUGUCAGAGAUGCAGGGAUGACAGGUGCAGGCGACGGAGCCCUGACAUGUCUUGAGCUCGCCAUCGCCUCUACCCUCUCCCUCCCGGCCCCAUCCCACGUUCUACCAUUUCCGCCUCUCCCCAACCUCAAGAUCGAGUCUGCAAGUAGCGAGGGUCAGGGUGGGACCUUGGCGGGAGUGUUUACAAGUAUGUGUAGAUGGGCCGGGAUCAGAGGCAGCAAGGAAGCAGGCAAACAACGAAAGGCUAAGAGAAGGAGGGUGUCUAAGCAGGGGCAAGAUCUCAGUGAGAAUCGCUUUGAGAGUGUACGCAGGUCAAGCGGUUCAGCUCAUCCCUUUGUGUGGGCUCGCCUUCACUUCCAUGGCUGCUCUUUGUCUGAUUCGGGGCGCUCCUUGGCGCAGCAUUUCUUCGGCCCUAUUGGCUUGUCCGACUCAUCUAUCUAUGGAUGGAUUGACAAGGACCUUGCACACCCCCAUCUCGACGACUGUACCAACAUCUUUUCGUCCCCACCCUUGCUUCCCAUCGCCGAUCCUCCCCUCACCCCUCGUGCCAAUCCUCGAAAAGAAGCUCCUAUCACAGCUGCCAUCACCUUGUCCUCCUCUCCCACCUUCUCUGUCUCCCAACCAAUCGAUGCUUCUUCAGCAGUCGACCUCGAAUUCUCUAUAGGAUCAUUGAUCGACAGGGGGCGCCUUUCUGAUGUCUAUUCCCUCACUUCCAGAGUUCCAGCCAAUCAUCCUGACGAUCUGCCCCCGCUCGUCGUCAAGACCAUGCGUCCCAGCACUUUUGACGACGCAAAAGGAUCGGCAGGGUACGGGACAGGUGCCGGGGCGGUGGAUGCUUGGGAAGCGGAGGUAGAGCUUUACGGGGGGGUGCUUUCUUGCCUGCAAGGCCAUAUCGUGCCCCGGUGUUUUGGAGCUCCACGGGGCCUGAUGUAUGUCAGUCGAGAGUGGGAAAGUAGGGAGAUCAACUUUCUGAUUUUGGAGCGUGUCGGCAGUGCUGUUUGUGCUAAGGACGAGGACCUGCCGCUGCUUCCUGAACAGACGAAGCUCGCUAUCUGUUCACUCUAUGAAGCACUGCAUAGCGUUGGGGUUAUUCAUGGAGACAUCAAACGCCGCCACAUCCGUCGGCGUGCAGAUGGUAGUCUGUGUAUCAUCGACUUUGAGGGUGCGAGACGAGUGUCGGAUGGGGCAUGGGAGGAUGAGAUGCUGGCGGAUGAGAUGGAGGAGGUCAAAGCCAUGCUGGGGUUCGGAAACGACUAG